UCCAAAUACAACUGGUCUCAUAUGUUUAACAACGAGUUUCGAGUAGGCUAUUGUAUCUCUUUAAAAAGGAAAAGUUCCCACCCAGUAAGUCAGAUAGACUCCUCCCCGAAUGCGUGAAGCUGUGCAGGAAAGAUAAUAGUGGAAAUAGGGCGGCGAGGGAGUGGGAUUGUACGCAGGCGAAGGCAUGAGUGAUUUCACAACUUGAGUGCUUGCACCAUGACAUAAACAGUAGCGGCGUUUGGUUACAAGCUUUGGGAACGCUGUUGUGAAGCCUUCUAUGAAAAUGCCAUCAGUGUCAAUUUAAAGCAGGAGGACUUUAUGGAUUUUGAACGCAGCCUUGGAGUUAACUUAGAGAACUAUGCAGCCUCCCCUGCGGAAGCAUGAUCGUGUGUCGUCAACUGUUUUGUUUCGAGGGACUUGUUUUGGCAACUCUGGGCACGGGUCUUCUAGUGUGUCGUGACUUAACAGCAUGGCUGUCAUUGUACGAUGUUGAUUGUAUGGCGGUCACGGACUGAAAUAAGCAUUUCAUGCUGAACGUGGAAAUGUGUUCGAAAUGACGUGCGCAGGUAUGUCUGUGAAACCUUAAAAAUCAUGCUGAACGAUUGUUAUCCGACGCACAGGCAUCACAAAAUGUCACUGGGUUAGAAUGCGUAUCGCAGAAGCCUCAUCAACACCGUAGUGUGUUAAAGCUAUUGCCGUCUGUAGCCUACACUGGUGUUCAGCGUCAACAGGAUUUGCUCGUUCAUCAAACGUGAACAAGAUGAAUCCAGAUUUAGAGGGUGUCUCUCUCUCGGUGCCCUCUCGGAGUGCCUCCGUGGAAACUAAUGACAUCAGCGGGGGCCUCUUGAAACCCUACGAUGAAAGUGGCUCCAGCGGUGGCACCGUCCUUCCCGCUGCCGGGACUUUCUGGCAGGACCCCAACGCUCCGGUGAGCGUGAGCCCUACCGUCCUGACUUGCACGGGGGACGGCGGCGGACUGAUGUCAACGGGGAAAAGCAAAAGCAGACCCCUCACAGUUGCCUAUGUGAUCAAUACAGAACUGAAUCAGCCCUACACGGCCGAGAGCAUGGCCCUCCAGUGCCUGAAAGCAGCGUGCGACAUUGUUGGUUGCAAACUGGAAAUUGUGCAUUUUGGGCAACUUGACUUUGGAGAGACCUCAGUGCUUGAUCAGUUUUAUAAUGCAGAUUUUGCUGUGGUGGAGAUGACUGAUGCCUUCCGCCAACCCUCCCUCUUCUACCACUUGGGCGUGAGGGAGAGCUUCAGCAUGGCCAACAACAUCAUCCUCUACCGCGACACAAACUGUGAUUCGCUGCAGUCGCUGCAGGAGAUCAUAUGCCAAAAGAACACUACAUGCACGGCCAACUACACGUUCAUCCCGUACAUGGUGACGCCGCACAACAAGGUGUACUGCUGUGAGAGCAGCCUGCUGAAGGGCCUGACGGAGCUGAUGCAGCCCAACUUCGAGGCGCUGUUGGGGCCCAUCUGCCUGCCCCUGGUGGACCGCCUCACCCACCUGCUCAAGAUCCCGCAGGCCAACUCCUGUCAAUACUUCCGAGAGAUGAUCCUCAACGAGAUUCGCAAAGCGCGGGAGCUCUACACGGGGGUGGAGCUGGCUGCAGAACUGGGGCGGAUCCAACAACGAUUGGACAACAUGGAGUGCCUGUCAUCUGACAUCGUCAUCAAUCUGCUUCUGUCCUACCGGGACAUUCAGGAUUAUGAGUCCAUCGUGAAGCUGGUGGAGACCCUGGAGAAGCUGCCAACCUUUGACCCAGUGGUGCACCCCCAUGUGAAAUUCCAUUACGCCUUCGCCCUGAACCGGAGGAACCUCCCGGGUGACCGGCAGAAGGCUCUGGACAUCAUGCUUCCCCUGGUGGAGUGUGAGGGGCAGGUGGCGUCUGAUAUCUACUGCAUGGUGGGCCGUAUCUACAAGGACAUGUUCCUGGAUUCACACUUCGCCGACUCCGAAAGCCGAGACAAGGGCACGCAGUGGUAUAAGAGGGGCUUUGAGUCUGAGCCAACUCUCCACUCAGGGAUCAACUACGCCGUGCUGCUCCUGGCGGCUGGGCAUCUGUUCGACAGCUCCUUGGAGCUGCGCAAAGUCGGGAUGAAGCUGAGCAGCCUCCUUGGGAAGAAGGGCAGCCUGGACAAGCUACAGAGCUACUGGGACGUGGGCUUCUUCCUCGGCGCCAGCAUCCUGGCAUGCGACAACACCCGAGUCAUCCAGGCCUCCGAGAAGCUCUUCAAACUCAAGGCUCCCAUCUGGUACUUGCGCUCGCUGGUGGAGACCAUUCUGAUCUACCAGCACUUCAAAAAGCCCUCUGGGGAGCAGCCUCCGCCCAAGCAGGAACUGGUGGACUUCUGGAUGGACUUCCUGGUGGAGGCCACCAAGAAAGACGUUUCAUCUGUGCGCUUCCCGGUGUUAAUACUGGAGCCCACUAAAGUGUACCAGCCCGCUUACCUGUCAAUCAACAACGAUGUGGAGGAGAACACGGUUUCAAUAUGGCACGUGGCCCCUGAUGACAAGAGUAAAGGCAUUCACGAGUGGAACUUCAGCGGUGCAACUAUCCGGGGCGUGAGCAUCUCCAAGUUUGACGAGCGCAGUGCCUUCCUGUACGUGCUGAACAAUGCGGAGGACUUCCAGAUCUACUUCUGCACCGAGAUGCACUCCAAGAGGUUUUGCGACCUGGUGAACAGCCUGGCGGAGGAGUCCUGGAGAGGCCCAGACGAGGGGGAUUGUGACACUGAGGCUCUGGAGUACGACUAUGAGUAUGACGAGCAUGGAGAUCGAGUGGUUCUGGGCAAAGGGACCUUUGGCGUGGUGUAUGCGGGUCGCGACCUGAGCAACCAGGUACGCCUGGCCAUCAAGGAGAUCCCCGAAAGAGACAGCAGGUAUUCCCAACCCCUGCAUGAAGAGAUCGCGCUCCACAAACACCUGAAGCACAAGAACAUUGUGCAGUACCUGGGCUCAAUCAGUGAGAACGGCUUCAUCAAGAUCUUCAUGGAACAGGUGCCUGGAGGAAGCCUCUCGGCUCUGCUGCGAUCGAAGUGGGGACCGCUGAAGAACAACGAGCCCACCAUCGGGUUCUACACCAAGCAGAUCCUGGAGGGAAUCAAGUACCUUCACGAUAACCAGAUCGCACACAGAGACAUCAAGGGUGACAAUGUCCUCAUAAACACCUACAGUGGGGUUCUGAAGAUCUCAGACUUUGGUACCUCCAAACGUCUGGCGGGAAUCAACCCCUGCACGGAGACAUUUACCGGCACUUUGCAGUACAUGGCUCCCGAGAUCAUAGACAAGGGGCCGAGAGGCUACGGCAAGCCGGCGGACAUCUGGUCGCUGGGCUGCACCAUCAUAGAGAUGGCCACGGGCAAGCCCCCCUUUUACGAGCUGGGGGAGCCACAGGCAGCCAUGUUCAAGGUUGGCAUGUUUAAGAUCCACCCUGAGAUUCCAGAGUCCAUGUCGACGGAGGCCAAGGCCUUCAUCCUGCGCUGUUUUGAGCCCGACCCGGACCGGCGGGCCACGGCCAUGGACCUGCUCACCGAUGAGUUCCUGACGGUCACCAGCCGCAAGAAACGUGGCAAGAGUGGCUUUACAGCACUGACCCCUGGCACAGAGUACCUGCGCAGCAUCUCGCUGCCCGUGCCCGUGGUUGUCGAGGACACCAGCAGCAGCAGUGAGUACGGCUCCGUCUCCCCCGACAACGAGCUCACCGCCAACCCCUUCAGCUUCAAGCCCAGCAUCAAGUGCUACAGUGAGAGAGAGGUCAAAGGGACCAGGUCGCUCUUCCUCAGCAUCCCUGUGGAAAACUUUGAUGACCACAGCGCCCCCCCGUCCCCCGAGGAGAAGGACUCUGGCUUCUUCAUGCUGAGGAAGGACAGCGAGCGGAGAGCCACGCUGCAUCGCAUCCUCACCGAGGACCGGGACAAGGUGGUGGCCAACCUCAUGGAGACCCUUACCCAGAGCCCAGAGGAGACCAAACUGAAGCGCCAGCACGUCUCAACACUGGUGCAGAGCCUGGGUGAUUUUGUGCGCAUGGCCGACCGCAAGAUCAUCGCCGGCACGCUCUCACAGCUCAAGCUGGAGCUGGACUUCGAGAGCGCGGCCAUCAGCCAGCUGCAGGUCGUGCUCUUCGGCUUCCAGGACGCGGUAAACAAAGUCCUUCGCAACCACAACAUCAAGCCUCACUGGAUGUUUGCCCUGGACAACAUCAUCCGCAAAGCGGUGCAGACGGCCAUCACCAUCCUGGUGCCAGAACUCCGACCUCACUUCAGCUUGGCCUCAGAAAGUGACCCCACUGACCAGGACGAUGUGGAUGAGGAAGUGGAGCCCGAGGACACGCCCACCCGCAAGCACCGCCCUGAGCCCACAGCCAAUCACGACGAUACAGUGGCCACGUCGGGUGUGAGCACGCUCAGUUCAACAGUGUCGCACGAGUCCCACAAUGCAAAGCGCUCAGUCAGCAUGGAGCUGGGCCGCAUGAAGCUAGAGACCAACAGGCUGUUGGAGGAGCUCCUGGAGAAGGAGCGCGAGUACCAGUCCAUCCUGCAGCAGGUGCUUGAGGAGAGAGACCAGGAGAUCCGGCUCCUUCGAUCGCGUUCACAGCCCAUCGACAUCCCCACGCCAUCGGUCAGGCAGAGGAACCCCUGCGAGCAGGCCUCCGGAGACCCCGAGCUGGCCCAGUGGCUGAGGCUACACGGGGCCGACAAGGACGCCAUAGAGAGGAUAACCACAGAGGACUACACUCUUGAUGAUCUUCUUUACUUUGUAACCAGGGAUGACCUGAAGAGUUUGAGACUACGAGGGGGGAUCCUGUGCCGGCUGUGGAAAGCCAUCUCGGAGCACAGGGAGAAGCCGUCCUGAGAGUGAAGAAAAAAAAAACCCCAUCGUACAGCAGUAUUCCCUUUUCCCGACACUGCACUUUACACCCAGUGUUUGAAUACAAGACCAAUAUCUGUCGCUCAGGCCCCUUUAAGAGUCCGCUGAGCUCGGCGAGUUUACCUUAACACAGGCUUAGUCCAGGGCCUCUUGGGGGAACUGUUACAGAGACUAGGGGCCCUGCAGAAUCUCAGCACGCCUGAUCCAGCACCACUAAGAUUUUUUUUAAUUCCUCUUUCUAAAAACUGAAACAAACUAAUCUUUUUUUUUUUUUUCUAUUUAAAUGAUAUUUAAUUUUCUGAGAAAACACACAAUUCUCAGUGGGUGUUUAUGAGCAGACUCAUUGCUUUGCAUUGGAAGUGUAACCUUCAGGCCCCGGAGCAGCCCAUUCUCACACUAGUUCCAGAUUACACACGGGAGUUAGGAGUAGACCCCAAGCCUAUUGGGAAGCCUCUUGCUGCAGCCUACUGGUGCACAUCUCUGUGUGUUUGGGCCAGAAACCACUGGCAUAAAUCCAUAAAAAAGACCUUUAGGGCGCUAGUUUUAGAGUAAAAAAGUCAUGGCGGAAACGGCAGCACAUGCACACUGUUCUGCGCUACGUGGGCAGAACCAGGCCAAAGUGAAUUCGGGAAAGGUUUGGUUAAAGCCGACCAAUAGCAUUGCCAAGCAGUAUCUUUAAACUGAACGUGUCAGAAGAGGUUUCAGUGUGAGGAGAUGGCGGUAUGGCUGAGGGGUUAGGGUUAGGGUUAGGGUUAGGGACAGGGUCCACCAAUAAGGAUAAACCAUAGUGCUUUUUCUGUUAACACGUAAUCGUAGUUCGUCAGACAUGUUUUAGAAUGCCCAAGCCACUCCUCUUUUUCGAACUGACCGUUACAUUGUUAAUCAUUCUACGUUGAUCAUUCUACUUUGAGACUGUAAAACAGAAAAUGCCACAGUUUUGCUCACUUAGAUUCCACGACGAGCUAUUUAUGUUGAGCCAGAUAUAGCCUAUCCCAUCAACCCAUCCUUUCUGGAGAAUGUAUUUAGGUCUGAAAUAAGACAUAACAUGUAAUCAUCUACAUUCGUCUAAUGAAAAACACUUGCAACUGAGACAAAUGAAAAUACAUAGCUGACAGUCAUUGUGGCACUCACCACGCUGUGGUGCGGUGCGACUCGUGGGAGCAGGAGAGGUCAGCUCUAUAUUCUGUGGAGGUGUUGAGAUGGAAACCUGGGUUUUCAUAGCACUUGCACUCUUUUCCACAAUAAGAUUCAUGCGGUGUGGUGAUGGGAAAGAAUGAUCUCAAGCGUUUACUGCGACAGCACAUUAGCUUCGUCUCAGGUAACCUUUACUUGAUGCUGUCGCUGCAUCUGGAACCCCAGCAGAACUGAAGGGGUUCGUGGAAGCCUGUUUAGCCGAGCACUGGGUUAGGUUCGGAGAUAUGUUUAUGCAUCGUCUUUCUGCAUUCCGUUGCAGCCAUGCCAAGAAAAGAGACCUUCUGUGGUGACACGGCAUUUGAUCUUCUGCCGUAGUCUACUUACACUACAAUACAUGAGUAGACAUAACAAGAAAAGUAAUUGUGUGUUUACAUCAUGGAUGACAUUCGUUUACUGCUGACUGGACAUUUAACUGAAGUUGGACAAAUUGGACUACCUCUUUCCAGACACUCUUUUGUUGUUAAAAUAAAAAAAAAAAACGUUUUUUAAAAGCCUGUUAGGAUAUGGCAGUUUUUAAAAAAAAAAUUUAAUGUAUCACCGGGUUUACCACCAAACUAGGGCCCUUAAUGGAAACCUGCACUUUGUGUCCACAUGCAGUUGAUGUGGUUUGGUCUGUCCCAUCCCUCACUAAAACAUAUCAGGCUUUUUCUUGCAUGCUGCAGUGAAGUUGUCAUAGACACCCAAUGACGGUAUGGUAUUGAAGUCGUUAUGUUUUUCCGUUGCUGUCGAUGUCAAAGGUUUUCGGCCAUUUUGUUUACAAAACCUGAGACUGACUAGAAAUCGCCUGAGAGCCGCAGAUUUGCCACCCUGUUGCUUCGUUUAACUUGCCAUUGUUUUAUCGGAGGUGCCCUCGAGCAGCUUCCAGUCUGCUGUGUUUUUAUCUGUCACUACUCUAAAUUCUUCAAUCUUGUACUUUCCAGUGCAUUGCAGUCACAGUUAAAAAAAUAAAAUUAUAUAUAUAUAUUUCAGCUUUCAGUUUUGUGCACAACAUGAGCUCAGACACUGAAAAAACAAUGGUUUGUUUGGCUUUAUAUGUUUGAGUCGAUUACACAUAUGCCAUUAACCUUUGACCUGUAGAUCUUCUGCUUUGUCUCCUGUAGAAUGUCAUUCUAAUCUAAACCAUGUUAAAAGACAAUCUGUUUGUGCUGAGUCCAGGGUCAUAUGUGUUUUUAAAACUGAUAGGAUACAGUCAAAACUGUACAUGUGUCUGUGCUUCUGUAAAUGGAACAAAUGAUCUGUUGCGCUAUGUUAUGUAAUGAUAUCUAAAUUCCCACAAAGGAAGCAUUUGAAAUGUAUUGGUAUUGGCAAGCUGUUGUCUGUAUAUAGCAUUUCUAAGUGAUGUAUUUUAUUUCUAUUUAUAAAUCUUUAUUUUGGAAUACUUGCUUCUUCAGUUGCUUUAACUCCUCACAUUGCAUGUUUCCAUGAAAAAUCAUGACGCAAACCUAUUUGCAUACAGUAGUUACUUUUAUAUUUAAAGAAUAAUUGUUUAUAUUAAAUAUGAACUGUUAAUGUGUGCACAUUUCCCCCUCUACAUAUUAAGUUGUGCUAAACUAAUAAGAUUAUUUGUGUACAUAAUACUAUUUGUUUUAAUGAGUGUCUAAAAGAACUGUGAAAUUAAAGUUGGAAAUGAAACAA